UGUCCCUCUGGGCCAAACCUUUUGCCCCCAUUGGUUUCUCCGGUCAGGUGUCAGCUAAGUGGGAAAGAAAAGCAUAAUGAAGAAGACAAAGUUUGGAAAGAGAAAGAACAACUCCAGAAGGAGAAUGAUGGACUCAAAGUAGAACUGAAACAACUCCAGAAGGAGAAUGAUGGACUCAAAGUAGAACUGAAGUGGAGAAGUGCUCGCACCUAUGCAGAUGACAUCACUCUUAAUCCAGACACAGCCCACCCCAAUCUCUCCAUUUCUGAGGAUAAGAAGAAAUUUAUUCAUGAAGCCCAACCUCAAAAAGUUCCAUCAACUCCAGACAGGUUUGAUUCGACUGUGUGUAUGUUGGGCUCUGAAGGAUUCUCCUCUGGAAAGCACUAUUGGGAGGUCGAUGUCAGAAGCAGCAAUGACUGGGACCUGGGAGUGGCCAGAAAAUCCAUACAGAGAAAAGGAAAACUUUCCCUGUCCCCUAAAGAGGGAUUCUGGGCUCUGGGUUGCAGUGGGAGAGAUUACUGGGCAAGAACUGAUCCAUGGACCCGGGUCAUGGUGCAAAAAAAGCCCAAGAAAAUUGGAGUUUACCUUAGUUACCAAGACAGUCAGGUGACCUUUUUCAGUGUAACUAACAUGUCUGCGUUGUUCACAUUUAAUGAUUGUUCAUUCUCAGGAGAGGUUUAUCCAUUCUUUAAAAAUUCCCACAAAGAAACAACAAUGAGAAUUUGUUCUAUAAGAGAAGAUGAAUGAGUUUAAAGUGGCACUGCUACUCACUUAUCCCACUGUAUUUUUGAAGUCAAAUUUCCCAUCAGUGAAUUUGAAUUACAUUUUGCCUCUAUAUUAAUUCUGUGGUGCCAUCUCUAGAACAGCACGGAUAUUCAUUUUAUGGCUGUGAACCUAUGACACCAAGUUUCUCUCCAAUAAAAUUCGAACUGUAGUUUUUACUCUGUACUUUGUGAGCUGCCAUCUUAAUUACUUACUUUCAACAGCAAAUGCUUUUUUUGCGUUACUUCUGACAACUACUGUUGUUUGACUAAGCUGUUCAGGAAAGGAUAUUUGUGUUGUAGAUUUUCAACAGAAAUCAGUUCCCACAAUUAGGUUUUCAAGUUUUUCAAGAGCUUAGCUGCCAUUUAUCCAGCAUGAAAAUCCUCAAAAAAUCUGACAAAAACUGUCACAGUGGGAGCUGCUGGGUGGAUGUUAAUGGGAGAAAAAUCCAUCCUGUCUCACACAUUUAUUUUUCUCUUAGAGACACCCUCCCACCAAACUUAUAACUAAUGUAGGGCUUGUGACUGGCCUGUGUAGCUCCACAGCAGGGUAAGGGAAUAUAAAAUACUCCCCAUCCCUCUACAGAGCCAUGCAGGACUUACUGUCAUAGCUACAAGGCAGUUGCACCUCUGACCCCUUUCCAGUCCCUCUGAGAGCUCCCACCCUGACACCUCUUGCUCUGACCUAUCUCAGGAUGGAAUCUCAUGAGUCUUUAACACUUAGAUGGGGAUCUGACUAUAGUAACUUUGCUAUACCAUCCAAUUACCACCCUUCAGUCCAUUCUUAGACUGGGCACCUGCUUGAUCCUCCAUUCAGGAAACUGUGACCAAUGAAACUGACCAAAAGCCUUUUAAAAGCGAAGUGUUUUUAUUUAGCAGUUGUGAAGUUUGUAGAAACAGAGCAAUAUCCCUUUAAAUAGUCUAUAAGCCUUCUGUUUAUGGUCACCAUAGUCUAUGAACUAGAAGCUGCCAGAAACUGGUCAGAGCAGCAAUAUGUACAC